AUGCUGAAGAAGGCGGCGGAGAUCGAGGCGCGCCUCGCCGCGCUCGACGGCCCCGAGUGGGACUCCGACGACGACGCGCCGGAGGCCGCGCCGGCGAGCCCGACGGCGGCGCCCGAGGCGCCGGCGCCCAAGCUGGGCCGCAAGGCGAAGAAGCGCGCGGCGGCGGAGCGGCGCGAGCGCGAGGAGAAGAGCCGCGUCAUCUACAUCGGCCACAUCCCCGACGGCUUCUUCGAGGACCAGAUGCGCGGCUUCUUCGGGCAGUUCGGCGAGGUCACGAACCUGCGGAUCUCGCGGUCCAAGAAGACGGGCAACUCCAAGGGCUACGGCUUCGUCGAGUUCGCCGACGGCGACACGGCGGCCGUCGCCGCGGGCACCAUGGACAAGUACCUCCUCUACGGCAAGCAGCUCGUCGUCCACGUCGCGCCGCUCGAUCUCGCGCGGCACCCGAAGCUCUUCGCGCACAGCGACAAGCCCUUCCUCAAGCGCCGCGGCGGCAAGGAGCAGCGCGAGAAGAGCCUGGCGGCGGCCAAGGCCAAGACCGACGAGCAGCGCGCCGCGGGCGCCGCCGCGCUCCUCAAGAAGGAGGCGAAGAAGCGGAAGCGCCUCGCGGAGAACUUCCCGGGCUUCGACUUCCCGGGCUACGCGGGCGCCGCCCAGGGCGCGCGACGACCAGACGACGACGGCGCGCCGACGAAGAAGAAGAAGGCCGCGGACCCGGAGAAGAAGGCCGCGAAGAAGGCGAAGAAGGCGAAGAAGUAG